AUGCUCACUGCCAGAUUGAAAGGAUUAUUUCAAUCGUCGUCGGUAAUAAAACUUCUCGGAUCAUCAUCAACAAGCGUGAUUGGGAAACCAAGUACUCCAAUCAUUUUGAUAAAUCAUGAACACUUUUCAACGGUAUCCAACAAUGUUACCCAGCAUCUGGAUGGUAAUACUCGUAAUUUUUCAAUCAUGAUGAAUUCUGUCACGAGAAAAAGUAAUGCCGAACGAUUUUUGGAGACUGAAUUAAUUAGACAUGACCAAAAGAAGAGAAAUAGCCAAGGAAUCAAUCAUUCGGAGCCACAACAACAAAAUGAUAAAUAUUUAUCAAAUCCUGAAGCCUAUUCCAAGUUUUUAAAACUCAAUUUGAUGGGAGCCAUCGCUAAAGCUGCCACCCACUUUUUGCAAUUCUCUGCUCCAACCGAAAUUCAGGAGCACGUUAUCCCACAAGCUCUCACCAAGAGCAAUAUUGUAGCCAGUGCAGAGACUGGAACAGGAAAAACUGCAGCUUACGGCUUUCCAAUACUGCAGAAAAUUAUUCAUGAGAAAAUACGACGCUCACAUACGAGUCUUGAAGAAAGAGAGAUUGGUACUCUGGUACUGUGUCCGACCAAGGAAUUGUCUGAGCAAGUAUAUCAACAUUUAAACAACUUUAAAAAGUAUACACUGGAGAUUUUGCGUGAUGAAGGUAAAAUUGACGAUGAGUUUGAUAUCAAGCUUGGGAUCAUAUUUGGAGGAGCUUCUAAAAUUUCUCAACUCAAAACUAUUCAACAAGGUCUGGACAUUCUUGUAGCCACUCCAGGAAGACUAGUAGAAUUGCUCAAGACCAAUGACGGAUGUAAAUUGAAGACUGUACGAUAUCUAAUUUUGGAUGAGUGUGACCGAAUGUUGAACAUGGGAUUUUUACCUGAACUAAAACGAAUUUAUGAGCAUCUUCCAAAACCUAACGAAACCAAGGAACCCAUGCAAGUAUUCAUGUUUUCUGCUACUCUUACAAGAGAUGUAGAAGAUUUAGUGUGCAGAUUUGCUCCAACACACAAAAUGAUUAAUUUAAAUCAAGAGUUUAAAAUUCCUGAGACAAUCAAACACAUCAAAUAUUUCGUGAGCAAGAAGGAAUUGAAAUUUAAAUUACUUCUUUAUCUUCUUGGGCGUAAAGGUUCUCUCAAGAACAAGAAAGUCCUGAUUUUCUGUAGAACUCGAGACAAGGUCGAACGAAUGGCUGAAAAUCUCACUAACCGAGGGUACAAAGCUAUUGGAAUUCACAAGGAAAAGAGUCUAGCCUUCAGAACGAAGGCAAUCAAAUCCUUCUCUCUUCCUGACAAUAGUGAAUGCCAAAUUUUAGUUGCCACUGAUGUUCUUGCAAGAGGAAUUGACGUUCCUGACCUUCCAUUUGUCAUCAAUUAUGACGUGCCAGCAAAGCCUGAAGAUUAUGUUCAUCGUGUUGGCAGAACUGGACGAGCAGGUCAAGAAGGAAUGGCCUUUUCUUUCAUUGCAAAAGUUCCAAUUAUCACUAAGGUGGGAGGACGCCUAGUCGAGCUCAACGAAGAACACUUUAUCAAAACAGUUGAACAAUUUAUUUCACAACGAAUUGAAGAACGAAAAAUUCCAGGUGUGUGGCAAGACAGAUACAUGAACCAAUUAGAGCAAGAAAAGCAAAAAGUCGAAGAAAUUUCCAAGAGGAAGGCCCUUGAAAUUUUGGAAAAGAAAAGACAAGGACGAAACAAGAAAGAUCCACACGAUGAGAAAAUGGUGGCUGCAUUUUCAGAGAGCUAUAAUCGUCUCAAGCAAAAAGUAGAACAAACGAAAACACUCACAUCUGAAGAUCUCAAAUAUGCUCCAACUCUACGUCACUUUAAGGAAGGACGAUAUGAAGAUGUCAUGAAAGAAUUUGAAGUGAAGAGAGCAAUCAAAGAAGGUGCCAUUAAACGAGUGGACACUAAGAGUAAGAGUAGAAAGAAGAAGAAAAAGAAGUUUAUUUAUCAAUUAUAA